AUGUUCUGGAUGUGCCGCUGGUGGCUGGAAUCUCGCAACAUCGUUGGUGCAGAGGGUUGCACAUUGCCCCGAGCCGAUACCUGCGAGUACCAAAAGCUGUCGGGAGCCGGCCUCGAAGCGGUCUGGGCGUGCCGUCGCCGGAUGCAGUCUGCACUUUCCUCGUCGCUCCAUGUCGAUGCCGCUCUCUCCCUCAGCUCUGCGCUGCCCAGGCCGAUCGAUCCCACACCCGGAGAUGUGCACCCUCCAGCCGCACAUUUGCAUCGUUUCUCACCGCCAGGUGGAUGGUCUAUUGACCUCAUUUAUGCUGGCAGCAUCAUUGAUCGGUGGCUUUGUUUUGUGGAGCUGCUGGUUCAAUUGCGAUGGGCCACUCACAGCUCGUCUCGUCUCCAUGUCCCUUCCGCUUUGCAGCCUCAACGCCUCUUCCAUCUCCUUCAGCUUGGUCUCAGUGACGCCCAAUUCUGCCAAGAUGAGGCAAGCUUCAAUGACAAGACUACGUACAAAACAGUCCAUUUACGAGAAGACACAAUGCACAGGAUCUGUUUGCCCCCGAAUCAGUCCCGCCCGAUGUCCGUCGUGCACAACCAUCAGCUCCUCGGUGUCAUGUACAACCUCACACUCGGCCAGGUCAAGGAUAUCGGGAAUGGGCGCUUCAAACCGACGGGUCUUGCUUUCUCAAACCAGACAAGCCUCUUGACAUCCACCAGCGCCUUGAUUCGCUGA